AUGGCACAAAGCACUUUGAAUGACCUGGCUGGUAAAUUUGGUGGAAGUCCUCCUAAAGGAGUUGGAGUCGGUCUCAAGGUUUUGGCUGUAGCUGGAGCAGCCGCUUAUGGAAUUUCACAAUCUAUGUUCACAGUUGAAGGAGGUCACAGAGCAAUAAUUUUCUCCCGUCUUGGUGGAAUCCAAAAAGACAUCUUCGCCGAGGGUCUUCACUUUAGAAUCCCAUGGUUCCAAUACCCAAUCAUCUAUGACAUCAGAAGUCGUCCCAGGAAAAUUUCUUCCCCAACAGGAUCCAAAGAUUUGCAGAUGGUUAACAUUUCUCUGAGAGUUCUUUCACGACCUGAUGCCAUGGCACUGCCUGUUAUGUACCGGCAAUUAGGAUUGGACUAUGAUGAAAAAGUUCUGCCAAGUAUCUGCAACGAAGUCUUGAAAUCAGUCGUCGCUAAAUUCAACGCUUCCCAGUUGAUAACAAUGAGACAGCAGGUCUCAAUGCUGGUCCGCAGAGAGCUGACCGAGCGCGCCAAGGACUGGAACAUUGUUCUAGAUGAUGUUUCUAUUACCGAGCUCAGUUUUGGUAAGGAGUACACCGCUGCAGUUGAAGCCAAGCAGGUUGCUCAGCAAGAGGCUCAGAGAGCUGCUUUUGUUGUGGAGAGAGCUGUUCAGGAGAGACAACAGAAGAUUGUUCAAGCUGAGGGAGAAGCUGAAGCUGCUAAAAUGAUAUCCUUUUUUUCAUCUCUAGAUACAUAA